AUUCUUAUUCUUUGAGUUUAGUCAGAAGUCAUAAUUUAAGGGUGGCAGUUGAAGCAGUUCUGAGGGAUUUUUCUGACUAAUAGCAAGGAAAGUCAGGCACAGAAACUCAGUAAGCAGAAGAGGUUGAGAAUGUGCUUAGAGUGUAGGAAGGCCCGGUCCCGUGUGGCAGCUCAAAGCAGACGGGAGAAAGAAAGCCAGCUGUUAAGAGAGUUAGCGGCCCUGCUGCCCCUGGCCCCAUCUGAGGCAGAUCAGCUGGAUAAAGCCUCUGUCAUUAGAGUCACAAUCUCCUACCUGCACCUCAGAGCUCUACUGGACAUUCCUGACUCCACUACAGUAGGAGCUAUGAUGCAUCCUAUCUCAGCAAGUCAGGGGGAACUGCCAGAAUCAAUCGAGAAGUGGUUCCUAGAUACACUUGAAGGAUUCCUGCUCUUACUUUCCUUGUGUGGAAAGAUUAUCUUCAUCACAAAGGAUGCCGUCUCUCAUAUAGGAAUCAAACAGACGGAUUUGAUUGGCCGGAGUUUGUUUGAUUUCAUUCAUCCCUCCGAUCACAAGGAGAUCAAGGAGAUUCUUACAAGGAUAAUAGGGAGUGAAGACCAGCAGAAGUGUGAGGUUUUCUUACGAAUCAAAGGUGCUGUCAAAAACAUGCUGACUCCCUGGCAGGUGAUUCACUGCACAGGAAACAAAAAGUCAUCACCUAUUCCAGGAUCCAGCUAUCUGCUUCUCCUGUGCAGAUCAUUACCUGUGCAAGAAGUAAUUGAGAUGGAGGCUCAUCUGAAUUUCAAAACAUUCUUGAGCAUCCAUGAGCCAGACAUGAAGUUCACCUACUGUCACUCUGGGGUCUUGGAACUGACUGGCUUUAGUGAUGUUGAGCUGUAUGGUCAGUCUGUGUACCAGUACUAUCAUCCAUCUGAUUGCCAGCAUAUCUUCAAGGCACACCUCUGUUUGUUCUCAAAGGGCCAGGUGUACACUGGGAAGUAUCGGCUCCUACAGAAGCAUGGUGGCUACGUUUGGGUAGAGACGGAUGCCACAGUUGUGUACAACAUUCACACAGGGAAUCCAGAGAGAAUCGUGUGCAUCAACUAUAUUCUCAGUGGAGUGGAGCUACCAGAUGUGGUGUUUUCACUGGAACAGACAAAGUGCCUGCUGAAUGUUUUCCAUCCACCAUACACUACGAUGACACAUAAUGAGACCAUAUCUACAACCACUGACAUGGACACCAGCUUUGUGGCCUCUCCCUGUGAGAGAGACAAGCCAACCAACAGUUCAACUGAGAUUUUGCACAGGGCUGCUUUGUGUGGCUCACUUUCCAACGACAUGUAUGACCUGGAUUUGGAUAGUCUAGCCCCAUACAUUCCCACACAUGAGGAGGACUUCCAUUUAACUCCUAUUUUAGAUGGAGUGGCAAGUGAUUCAGUAUUAAACAGACACCUGCCUUCUCUCAAUGAGACAUGGUUAACUCUGGACGCAGAGCUGCCCACAGAUUCAGAAACAGUCUUUUCCCACAGGGUAAACAUGAACAAGAACCCUAUGCUCGUUUCAUCAAGCCAGUGGCAUGACAGCACAUACACAAUGAACAAAAAGCAACAGGUGCGGUUUAAGAGACAAAUCUCCAUUCCUGAAAAAAAGACCAAUCACUGGACAGACGUCUCUCAACAUCUUGCUAAAACGUUCUCAGAAAACUUUGUCUGGAAUUGCAGCCAGAGUUACGCAGAGCCAUUGCAUUUGGCCUACAAAUAUGCCAAACGCUCGUGGUGUCCUCCGGGAUCUUCAACGCAACAUAGCAACCAAAACACAGAGGGAAAAAUGCCCUCUGUGUUAGUUAACUUGCCUGUACUGAGCAGGUGGGAAUGUGAAGUGAAUGCGCCUCUGGGACCCACUUCACACUUGCUUCAAGGGACUGAACUCAUCACCGUCUUGGAUCAGGUUGCGUCAGGGUUGUGCUGGUACUAAAGAAAGCAAUGCAGGAGCCUGUGUAAAUGUCUAAAAUGUGCUUAGAACCAGAUGUGUUACAUUUCUACAUUACAGUUACAUUAAGGGUGAUUCCACAGUUGGGGUGCCAUUUGCGUCCCAAUGAUAUUCCAUUUGCAAAUAUGUAUUUAAAGGUAAAAGAGACCUUAGACAUUUAACUUAAAAACAACAACAACAACAAAAAAACAAUAAUAAAACCUGCAUCUAUAACACUUAGUAAGUAGCAUUUGUUAUGCCUGUCCCAGCCCACUAUAAAUACACUUUACUUUGAAAUGUAAUCUGUAAAGUACUUAUCAAAUUCAUAGUAAAAACAUAUUAUCUUGCAUUAAUGUGUGAUUCCAUUUAACAUCUCAUGCUCUUUGAGUCAGCCAUUAUAGCUAAUUAAACAUGUAUAUAUUUGUGUCCCAUAACCCUGCUUCCUGAACACAUUCAACCCUUUGAUAUAUUUGGAAAAUUCCACAAGUCAAAUGUUCAACAGGAAGUUGCAUCAUCAAUCCGAAUUUCCUGAAGAUCAUAAGAAGAAGAAAAUUAAGUUGUUUCAUUCUUUUUCAAUGAUAUUGACCGAUGAGGUCCUUUGAACAUACAAACCUUGUUAGACAAAUUACAGAUUGAUAGUACAUAAUUGGAGAAGUUUUUUUUUUUUAAAGAAAUAACUAGAAUAUCCUUAACGUUUUUAUUCGAUUAACAUGAAUGCUAGUUAAUCUAAUUUUUUUUAUAUUUGCUAAAUCUAUGGUAAAAAUUACCCUCAUCCCUGUUACUUUCAAGGUCUAUGUUAAAAAAUCAAGAAGAAAAAAAAGUUUUGAAUUUCCUGGGUGAAAUUGCACUGCGUUUGUGGAAUCAACCAUCCAUGCUGUAUUUUAUUACAUGAAAUUCUUAUAUUUAAUCUUAUAUUUAACCAAUCUUGUGAAAUGUUUGGCAUAUAUUAGCAUUAGGCAAUACAAUUAGAGUGUAAUGGUGGUGUUUAAUGUUGUACAGUAUUCCACAGAAUAUUAGUGUAUUUCUCAGAAUUCACAACUUUGCAUUGGGGUUUUUACCCAUUACACUUCGUCAGAAUAUAACACCCGGCAUGCAUUAUAAAAAAUAUGCAAUGCAAAUAAUUGGGAAUACACUGAUAAAUACAUUAAUGCUGCUAGCUAGUUGUAGUGGUAUAAGGCAUCCAUCCCAAAGCGGUCAGAAUCCUUCCAGACCAAUAUUUAAAAUUUUGGCUGCAGUGUCCCUUAAAUGUGAACAUAAAAAUUCUUAAUGGUUAGAUAUAGUGUGUGUGGCAACAGCCAAUAUUUAUUUAUUAUAUAUAUUUAUUAAUUAUGCAACGUGGGAUUACCUACAGCAGAGUGUUUCCCCGAUCAGGCAGCAUUUCAAGUAGAAUCCCUUUAGAAGGUGAAGCACCCUUUUUGUAAGAGUAUAUGCGCACUGCAGUCAUACACAUGCUGGAUACAUGCAUGCUUACAUCAUGAAGGUCAACAUCCAUCCAUUUUCUGUACUGCUUAUCCAACACAGGGUCACAGGGAACCUAGCUCAGGGGACUCGAAUCACAAGGCAGGGAACACCCUGGACAGGGUGCCAACCCAUCGCAGGGCAUAAUCGCGCACACACUUUCACACACACUACGGACAAUUUAGAGAUGCCAAUCAGCCUACAAUGCAUGUCUUUAUGAAGGUCAAUAGAGGUAUGCAAAUUGAUUCAAACAACUUUUAUUUAUGGUCACAUAAAAAUAUUCCACUCUUAACACUUCAUCGGAGUCAUGUAAGCUUUAUAAAAGUGCAAAGAAAUCACAAUAACAGUCCAUGAAAUCCAGUUUAGAGCAACAGCUUUUAAUGGAGAGAAGAAGGAAAAAGAAAAAGAAAAAAAAAAAAGAAAAAAAAGACUGAAACAAUGAAUUUUUAAAGCAUGAGUUUUAAACAAAGGACAAUGUCCACACACACACACACACACACACACACACACACACACACACACACACACACACACACACACACACACACACACACACAUGAUUUUAUUUGCUAAAGGGAAAAUGUUUCAGACGAUCCACUGUACACGAAUAUGUUGAUCGUAGAGG